AUGCCAGCGCGACCAGGGCAGGCGACAGCCCCGAGCGUCGACCGGAGGGCGGGACAGGGUUCCUGGCUCGGGCCGUGCUCGAUCGUGCUCCUCAUCACGCAAAAUGCCGCGCACGCCAUUCUUCUGCGGGCGUCGCGCGUGGUGGACGGCCCGCUCUACCACGGCUCCGUCGCGAUCGUCAUCGCGGAGGGCAUCAAGCUGCUGCUGAGCAUCGCGGCCGUCGCGCUGGAGCACCGCACCUGGGCGCGCACCCACCCUCCAGGCGGCCGUGCGCGUUUCGACCCGGAGCGCGGAGACGCCCAGCCGGUCGCGCUCGGCGGGUCCGAAAGACACCGCGGAGAUCCAGCGGACAGGGUGGGCGUGGACAAGGCAGGGCCGGGCUCGAGCCUCCACAGCAACACGGACAUGAACGACGACGACGACGACGACGGGUCGCGCGUGGUCGGUCCGCGGAGCCGGCGCCCUCCGACGGUGGCCGAGGUGAUGCGUUCGUCGACGCCGAUGGCGAUCCCGGCGCUGUGCUUCACGCUCCAGGCGGUGCUGUACAUCAUCGGGGCCACGCACCUCUCCGCGCUCAUCUUCCAGGUGUCGCAGCAGCUGAAGAUCAUCACGACGGCGCUCUUCUCGGUGCUGAUCAUGAGGAUCCGGCUCAACGCGGUGCAGUGGCUGAGCCUCCCCACGCUGGCCGUGGGCGUGGUGAUGUCGUCGAUGCAGCGGGCCAGCCCCGGCGCGGCCGCGCCGGGGUCGGCGGGCUCGCUGGUCACGGGUCUCACCGCGAACACCGCGGCGUGCGUGCUGUCGGGGUUCGCGUCCGUCUACACCGAGAAGUUCCUCAAGCAGCCGGGCACCGUCGUCGGCGACCGGCUGUGGGCGCGCAACGCGCAGCUGUCCUUCUACGGGAUGGUCUUCGGGGUCGCGUACGCGCUGGCGUUCGACAACCGGGCGAUCGUGGACGGCGGGGUGAUGCAGGGGUUCGGGGGGCACGCGUGGUCGAUCGUGGCCAUGCAGGCGCUGUCGGGGUUCGCGGUGGCGCUGGUGAUCAAGUACGCGGACAACAUCAUCAAGACCUUCGCGACGGCGUUCUCGUCGCUCCUCACGGCGGGCCUGGCGUACGCGCUCUUCGGGGACGUGCCGUCGGAGGUCGCCGUGGGCGGGGCGGGCUUCAUUUUCCUGUCGAUAGGCAUGUACAACGGCGGGGUCUCGCGAGCCCUGAAGCACGCCAUGAAGCGCGUCAGGUUGCGAAGGAAGGGGCUGCCCACGACGACGGGCGCAGCUGGUCGCAAGUGA